AUGAAGAAGGCCCUGGUGAUCGGUAAAUCGGUAAAUCCCAAGAUUUUGCAUCCCAUUCAGUUCCUUCCGGCCAUCUGCAACACGCCUCGUGAGACCUUGUUGCUGAUUGGCGAUGUGGGCGGUGUCGAAGCGCACUGGUCGCAACUCAUCCAGCCCGCCGUGUGCGCCGCAGAUUUCACAACCAUCCACGUCGUCUAG